AUGUCUUCGGCUGAUGUUGAAGUCAAAUGCUUCUCGCAAUGCGUUGCCAAUGGCGUAUACAACCGUGUCGCUAAUGCCAUCACUAGCCUUGGAAAAGACGGCUUGGGCGAAGCCGACUUCGGCAUCGAUUGGACGACCACUGUCCAAGACAACUACAGCGGAACCAACUGGUCGUAUGUCAACACUAAGGACGGUCGUCCAUUCAGGACCAACAUUGUUGGCCAAAUUGCCACUUCGACAUGCGGCACAAAGCAUUCCACGAAAGGCAUGCACUUCACAAAAAAGAAUGUACCGCUAAGCGAUUCAGACACAGUCAAAUGGAAAUGGGCGCUUUCCAAACCAACACUAUGCUCCCCGAAUCUGAUGGACAUUUGGGAGAAUCAGCUGACAUCAAUUGAGGAUUGGAUCGCCGAAGAAAGCAAGAGAGCGGCGACGGGUUCGAAAAUAAACACUUGCAUCACCAAGAGUACCAAUGAUCUCCAAUAUGCGGACCUUAUCAUGCCAACAUCGCAACACAUCUAUGAGAAACCAGAAGGCGUCAACCUCAACCAGGAUACUACACCUCGACAAACAAAACAAAAGAACACGGAGGACAGUAUGGUAGGACAGCAGAACAUGGCAGUAUUGACAAACUCCACAGCGAGUUCAAGCACGAGCACAAACAUUCCAACACCUGCUCUGGAUAAAGGAACACUAUAUGACCCAAGGAUCCUCCCUGACUACUGUGGGUCGUAUUUUCAGCUGCAACAAAACAAACUGAAACAGCUUAAUAUCUAUGACUCGACAGAGGACGGUUUCAAGCACAUUCCUAUGCAUGAGACUUACUCAAAAUUAAGACCCGAAACACUCGUUCUUGCUGUCUGCGAUGCUCACGUAUACAACAUGGUGCAGAAUGGCCAACCGAUCAGCACUUUCCAGCUCAGCGUGCAAGCCAUGAAGGUCCUGAAUUCUUCUGACGAACCUGUCGAAGAAUGUUUCAUCCCAAUCCUUUCCACGACCUCCGUUGACAUGUCGAAAGACGACUCUGCCAUCACCGGAUUCUCUACAUUCAACAUCACCGUCAGCCCCGCCAAAAAGAAAUCGAAAGGAGGGAAAGGAAAAGAGAAAGAGAAAAUGGACUGACCAUGACUCACCUGACAGAAUUCAUUUGUAUUGCCUUCAUCUUUUGACUCGAU